CAGGGAUUGGGAUUCAGUAGAUCCAUUUGCACGCGUCGGACGCCAAUGAUUCCAAGUGAAUUGUGCCAGAGAAGUGAAAAUAUCAUCUAAUUCGCUACUAAAGGCCAAAAAACACAAUGGAAACGUUGGAAGUAGAACCCGCCCAUACAAGCCCCGAGAAAUCCGACAGACGAACAAGCACCGUGUGGGAUCACUUUACGCUGUUAUCCGACAAACGAGCACAAUGUAACGAUUGCAAUAAGGUUCUGGCGUACAAUCGAACCACGUUCAACUUGAAAAGGCAUUUUCUUAGCAAGCAUCCUGAUAUUCAAAUGGGAGACGAUAUUUUAGAUGAUGAUGAAGCAAACGAUUUUGCGGGGAUAAUUAAAGAAGAAGAGCAGGUUUUCGAGGAGGAGUCCGAUCAGGAACGUCCGGCUGAUGACGUUGCAAAGAGAGGCCCUUACCGCUCCAGCGCGAUAUGGAGUCAUUUUAAGAAAUUAUCGGGGAAUCUUAAAAAGUGCCUGCACUGCAAUCUCGUCAUAGCGAGCCAAAACACGAGUAACAUGAGAAGGCAUGUAGUCCGUAUCCAUCCGGGCGUCGACCUGGGGCCACGAAUCAAGAGGGCAAGGCUAAAUAACAGUGGUACAAAAACUCCAAAACCUAAAAAAAGCAUCCUUUGGAAACACUUUUCGAGGGACGUGGCGAGAAAUAAAGCCUCAUGUUUGCAUUGCGGUGAUCGGCUCACGUUCUCCGGAUGUGAGAUAAGCAACUUGAGAAGACAUCUGUUUCGCAAACAUCCAGGGGAAGUGUAUAACGAUGCGCCGGAGAACAACGGCAAUGCAAAAACUGAAGAUUCCGACUCGGACUAUUUCCCUAGUGGCGAGCGUCCCAAUACACGUUUGAAACGGUCAGCUGCGGAGUUUUCCUCUAACGAAGCGGAUUCGCGUGAUGCCGGAUCGCCGGUACUAAAAGAUGAGUUGAUCGAAGAAUCCAACGUAGAUUUUGUGAGCGUUCAAGAUCCAAAGAACUUCUCGAAUCUGGCCGAUCCUUUGAAUGCCUUAUCGAACUCACAAAAUCAGUAUGAAGAACAGACACGGGGAUUACGAGUGAGGGUUAGCAAGAAUCGCUCAUCAACGGGCAGAAGCCCUCGAGAGAGCAAUCAGGCCUCGUUUGAUCAGUUUGAGAAAAAUCGAACGUUUUUCGGUGACAACGACUUGAACGAUGAUAAUUUCAAAGCAACAGUGCAUGCAACGAACGUUGUACUGCAGCUUCAGAGUUUGGAUAGUCGCCAAAGGAUCAUCGCAGAGAAGCUAAUGUCGGAUGUCUUGUACCAUGCCAAAUUGAAAAAUCUAACGGAAAAAUCGAUGGUUCUGGUGCAUGUAGGAACAUUUGAGGACGCGGCGUUGUAAGCCUUCAACCCGACGUGACGCAUCGACGAUGUAAUGUAAUGUAGAUUUGUAACAAUGUGUGUAAGGCAUUGAAACACCUUUUCCGAUACACGGUUUUAUACCGAAACACACCAACACAAAUGUCAGACGUGGUUAUGUGUGUGUGCGUGUGUUGAUUAGCUUGUAGGUUUUCAUGUAAUAAAUUGGAACGGACAUUUUGAGAUCAUAAUUCCACAAUAAAAAACCAUUGUGAGUC